CCUUCUCUCAUCCUUCUCAAAGUUGCAUCCCAAUCUGUUACUUGUUCUCUUACAGUUGGUCCAGGCUCAACGGUUUUUUACUUCUGUUAAUUACUAUUAUAACAAGAAUCAUACGUUGCACCCGAUAGGGUUUCCAUUCCAUCGACUAAGAUUUUUGGUUUUUGUUUUUCUUUUAUUGAAAGAAAUUUCUAGCCAUACAUAACACGUCUCAAAAGGCAACGUCUAUUUUAUCUAUUCGGGUAGAUAAAUAGGUGGGCUCACCCAAAUCAGGCUUACUACCCCCAGUUUGACGGAGUGCCAAGUCACGGUACAUCGGGCUCGGUCAGGGGCUUUUCCCUCACCAGCGUAAGCGACAAAAAGAAAAAGGGGACCAUAACCUAGGUAUCUGGUAUUUGGUAUUCAUUGCUGCAUGGUCGAAUGCCACAGCACAAUUACGACCCUGCUAGGGCAACAGCAUGCUAUUUGUCCACACCGACGCACGAGGCUACAAGUGAAGCAACCUGAUGUGCAGCUGAAGCAAAGGCGGAAGCGGGAAAUGAGAGGCGAGACCUCCGUCGAUCUCUCACCGAUGGCCUGGGAAGAUGAAGACGUUGACAGUGGGGAGGAGAAAGCCGGUUCAGAUGAUGACAGCGAGGCGUCCGUAUUGGCCCGUAAGCAGGGGAGCAUAUUAGAUGCAUGCAGGCGGAGGGACAUCGAUAAUCUCCAAGUUUUAGCUGUAUCGAGAGGAGGCUUCCUCUCCGACGCCAUCCGUCGCCAAGCAUGGCCGGUACUUCUAGGAUUCCACGUCGACCUGCACGGGGAGCUAAGGGGGGUUUCCGAUUCGUGGAAACAGUUGGAACGACAUCGAGACGAGGAUCAGGUUAAGCUAGACGUCGACAGGAGCUUCGUCUAUUACCCAAACGAUGAUACCCCGUCGGAACUCGAUCAGAAAAAAUCCGAGCUUUCGGACCUCAUCACCGAGGUCCUACGGCGACAACCAUACCUAUGUUACUUCCAAGGCUAUCAUGAUAUUUGCCAGGUCUUUUUAUUAGUACUACCACAAACAGCGCGUGCCACGGCUGUAGCCCGGCUGUCCGCUUUACGCAUCCGGGACUUCAUGCUUCCAAGUUUAGCACCAGCCGUCGCACAACUUCGAUUAAUCCCAGAUAUCCUUAACGCCGUCGACCGGCCACUCUGCGCACACCUAUCACGAACAGAGCCAUAUUUCGCGCUAUCAGAUACACUAACUAUGUUCGCCCACAACGUGCAACAAUACGGAGACAUCGCACGACUCUUCGAUGCAUUAUUAGCGAGGGAGCAAGUCUUCACCUUAUAUAUCUUCGCACAAAUUGUUCUAUGCCGGCGCGAUGAACUCUUCGAGCACGAUGAACCGGAUAUGCUGCACUUUGCGUUAUCUAAACUACCACAGGACCUCGACCUCGACGCUGUCAUCAACGACGCCGCUGCUUUAUUCCGCGAUCAUCCCCCGGAAUCACUCGGCAAUUGGCAUACCUCAAUCACAUCAUCUAGCGCUCUAAAGACAGCACGCGAGGUCCCAGUUUGUGCUACGCAGACUUUAGAAGACGGGCGUGUAUUCUUCGAGAAGCAGCAGAGUGAACUCCAAUGGGCGGCGCGCAGGGACCAGGCACUAAAGACCAUGUGGGCGAACCGCACGGUGAUUUUCGCCGCAGUUGUUGCUGUUAGCGCCGUGUACUUCCGGAAGUCACCCGUAUGGGCGGAUCUCGCUUCAUGGUCGGGUUUAAGCAGUUAGUCUAAUAUCUACACGAGAGUCGUGCAACGGCGCAUAUGGUUGCAGGCGUUAGUAUCGGCGUAAUCCGGUCAGGUUUAUGUUUAUUACGAGGGAGUAUAUGAUAGUUAUCCGUUUGAUGAGUUCGGGCGUUAGGUUUCAUCCGAGGGUUAGGAUUUGGUAUUGUUACUAUGACGCAACUCACGGGUUGGGAUGCUUUUUGGUUUUCUAUACAAGAUAUUGAGGAUCGUCUCCGAGAGAUGGUUAGUGUAGCAUUGGAACCAACCAUCUACAAUAUAACAUUGGAUACCUCUUCAUUUCUACAAUUCUGGUGAAAUUACUGUACGCAUAUACA